CAUAGAUCUAGAGUCAGGACCUGCGCCGCAAAAUAGAUUAUCCGUAGGUAUUCACUGCCGGUGGUGGGGAAUGAAGUCGCCUUCUCAUCGCCUCCAAAUCAUUGAUAACUACCCAUUCGCAUCUUCAGCUCCAUCCACCUUCUCUUCAACUGGAGUCUUUCACGUCUAUUGGCAUAUUAUUUCAAUCGCCUAAUUUCGGUCGCUUUUGUCACCUCUCCCUCUAUUGCGAGAACCUCUUCGCCUACAUAGUAUCAACAUGGCCGACAUUCCCGGAGGAGACGCCCCUGUUGAGCACCUCAAUAUCAAAGUGACGGACAACAACAAUGAAGUUUUCUUCAAGAUCAAGCGUUCCACCCAGCUGAAGAAGCUGAUGGAUGCUUUCUGCGAACGUCAAGGAAAGCAGAUCUCUACUGUCCGUUUCCUGUUCGACGGAACCCGUGUACGCCCGGAAGACACGCCGGACACUCUCGAAAUGGCCGAUGGAGAUACCCUUGAAGUCCACCAGGAGCAGAUCGGUGGUUAAGGAAACCCCAUCUGACCGUCAUCUUUUCGCUUCUUGUCACUUGGUCUUUUUUCUUGAUCCGUUGCAUUUGAGACAUAGGCGCAAUCGGUUUUAGCGUUGGCCCGGUCGGGCUUUAGCUGGGAAGGGUCGCCUGCGGGCUUGAUUUAAGCUUAGAAAGGCUUAGACACGAGGGGGCUUCUACCAAAAACAUGCUAGGGUCUUGUGGAUAGGCAAUUUAGGAAUUACGAAUCAACUUCUUACGACGUAAGGCUUUGUCUUAGGUAGAGGAUUCCGUGGGAUUUCCG